AUGGAGGGAUUGGAGACAGGGCAAAUGACAACCUCUGGUUCAGAUCCGCUAUUGUCUGCUGCUUUAUCAAACUGUUCACCAACCGGUCCACACAAUGAUGAUUUUCGGAAUCAUUUGCCUGAAUCAAAUUACCUGACUCUUAAUGGUGGUCGUACUAGUCCACAUAAUGGAUCUAAUAGCACUAAUAAUGCCAUAUUCAGUCAGUAUACCACACUUACCCCACUUCAGCCAUUACCCCCUAUUUCGACUGUAACGAAUUCCAGCGAGAAAUUUGUAAGGUCUAAUUCUCCGACUCCAGAAAGUCGAACAAGUAGCGCGUCAUCAAAUUUAUUCUUUCAACAAAACGCUACUAAUUCACUUGCAAAUUCUUUGAAUUUUGGAUCAUUUGCCUAUAACGUCAACAUCAAAUAUGAAUAUGAUAUGAAGAAUGAUCAAGAAUCUGAUGAUGUCCAGGCAAGUGAUUCCACUUCCACUCAAACCACCACUGAUUAUGUGCCACCGGUGACUUUGCAUCAACAACUUCAACAACUUUCUGUGCCAUUCUCUCAAACUCAAACCACUUAUGCACCCUCAUAUUCCACUGUAAUGGAAUUGCGCCCAUCAAAACAACUCAAACUCUGUUUUGGUACCCCAAAUUCAUUUAAUAAUUUUAAUUCCACGAGCGAUAUAAUCGAAUCGGGGAGUAUCGAUGACAAUGAUGAAAGUGGUUCUUCACCUUUAAGAGAGCGAUCGGCACCCCCAACUGGUUCGCCAGAUUCAGGAAGCGAUAUGGACGAAUUAAAUACGAAGGAUUUGGCGCAAAGAAUUUCCGCUGAAUUAAAGCGGUCUCAAGGUACACUUUCUGAUUUGUUACGAAAUCCAAAACCUUGGUCAAAAUUGAAAAGUGGACGGGAAACAUUUAGGCGAAUGGCGAAAUGGUUGCAAGAGCCUGAGUUUCAGCGCAUGUCGGCAUUAAGACUAGCAGGUAUUUCUCAUUUUUAA